GGGACUCCCGGAGACCCCGGGCGGCAGCAGCGGCGGCGGCGGCGGCAACCCACGCGCGCGACGGGAGCCCCCUCCUUCGGCAUCGGAGCCGUGGCUCUAGCAUCGCCGAUUCCGAAGCGGCCAUUGCCGUGGAAAACGCAGCUGACGGGCACCGUGAGUGCCGUUACUGUCACACCUGCCAAGCUGUUCAGCUGGGGGACAGACAGCGCUCCGUGGGACGCCCUGCGCGCGAACAUAUCCCGUCUGUCGCUGGGUCGUUCACGCCACGCUGCAAGCGCCCCCGGCACACCGCGGAACGCCAUGUGGGCGCCGGCGGUCUCUGUUUCACGCUCGGUGCGGCUGUGUCACUGACUGUGCGAGAGUUCGAAGGCUGCAGCGCUGAGGGACACGUUCCACAUCGGUAUUCCCACCUGGUAACCUGACCCAGGCCAGCCUCCGAAAAUGGAGUCCGGAUUCAAGGCCUUUCUGCGGAAGCUCCGGCGAACCAAGCCCCUGGGCACGGGCCUCCUGGAGACGUCGCUCAACCGGUGUCUGUCCACCUUCGACAUCACCCUCCUGGGCAUCGGCCACAUGAUGGGCUCCGGCAUCUACGUCCUCACUGCCACCGUGGCGAGGUCAGUGGCCGGCCCGGCCGUGGUCCUCUCCUUCCUCAUCAGUGGCGUGGCUUCCCUGCUCGCCGCGUUCAGCUACGCCGAGUUCGGCGUCCGCUUUCCCAGGGCCGGCUCGGCCUACUCCUACACAUACCUGGCUGUCGGUGAGUUCUGGGCGUUUCUGGUCGGCUGGAACGUGGUCCUGGAGAACGUCAUCGGGCUGGCCGCGGUGGCCCGGGCGUGCAGCGCCUACGUCGACUCGCUGCUGGGCAACGUCAUCAAGACGUGGACCGCAGAUCACGUGGGCAGGAUACACGCCACCUUCUUCUCCGAGGAGCCGGACUUCUUCGCGUUCGUCUUCAUCGUCGUCUUCGUGGUCGUCAUGUCGCUGGGAGUGCGGGCCUCGUCGCACAUCAACAACAUCUUCUCCAUCGUCAAUAUCGGCAUCGCGCUGCUCAUCGUCGCGGUGGGCUCGUACUUCGCCAACAUAGAGAACUGGACCAACCCGGCGACCGGCGGUUUCGUGCCGUACGGCUGGCACGGAGUUCUGGCCGCUUCGGCGUCCUGCUUCUACGCGUACAUCGGUUUCGACUCGAUCGCCACCUCGGCCGAGGAAGCGAGCGACCCGCAGAGGUCACUGCCGCUCGCCACGUUCCUCUCGAUGAGCAUCGUGACCGUCGUGUACGUGUCCAUCUCGGCGGUGCUGACGCUCAUGGUGAAUUACACGGAGAUUACCAGUGAGUCCGGGCUACCCGACGCGCUUGCCGCCAAUGGUGCCACCUGGGCUAAGGUUAUCGUGAUCAUCGGAGCAGUGUGCGGCAUGGUGACGGUGCUGAUGGGUAACGUGUACGCGCUGACGCGCAUCGUGUACGCCAUGGCCGAGGACGGGCUGCUCUUCGCCUGGUUCUCGCGCGUCCACCAGCGGACGCAGCUGCCGCUGGCCGCCAUGUACGCCUUCACGGUGCUGUCCGCCCUGCUGGCCAUCUUCCUGGACAUCCACACGCUGGUCGAGAUGAUGUCCAUCGGCACGCUGCUCGCCUACCUCGUGGUUAGCGCCUCGCUCAUCAUCGUGCGCUACAUGCCUGUCUCUAGGCUCAUGGGCGAAGAAAGCCAGGAACCGGCGGACAUGACGAAGCCCUGCUUUACGGACGACGAGAGCAUCUUCGACGGCGCCGGCGACGUGGCCGGUCGACUGCGGGCCACGUUCGCCUUCCUGCACCGGCUGUACCCUUUCAACCAGCCGCCGGGAAUCGUGGUGUCCUACUGCAUCACCACGCUCACCCUGGACGUCUUCCUGCUGAGCUUCCUCACCCAGCUUCUCCUGGAGCCGAUCUCUGGGGGAAGCUUCUGGGCCAUACUGCUCGUGGUGCUGCUCUCACUGGUGGCGCUCUUCUGCUUCGUCGUCAUCCUCAUGCACCAGCAGUCCACGGCGCUGCUGCACUACAAGAUGCCGCUGGUGCCGCUCCUGCCUACCUUGAGCAUCAUCCUCAACGCCACGUUGAUGACAACGCUGCAACCGCUUACGUGGGUGCGGCUGCUUAUAUGGGUGGCCGUAGGGCUCCUGGUGUACUUCAGCUACGGCAUAAGACACAGCAAGCUGAACCCGGACAGCGUCAUCUCGCCGCAGACGUCCCUGCUUGCCAUGGAGUCACGGGACCAACCUCGCAAGUGGGGCGCCAUGGAUCAGGAAGUGACGUCAGCCACAGGCGUGACGGAAGCGGGCGACAGCACUGACGACAAGCAGCCGCUCGUGCCGUCUUCUCCACCGCCUCCGAAAUCCGCAUCCUAGGUGUACACGAGUGGCUAUGCUGUGAAUUGUUCGCUGUUGCACCACACUCGAGUUAUACUUGUCGCCGUGCGGAGACAGACGUGCGCGCGUUGUCGAGUUGGAUAAUUCGAACGGAAGAGCUUUUAUCCGUUUCGUUAGGGCAACGAUUUCCUCUGCUAGGCCUGGAUCUCUGUAUAUCCUUGUUUGUGAAGGGUUGUGUUGGUCCGGGACUUCAGAGAGAAAGCGUUUCGGGAGUCCAGAACGUUGAAUAGACCCCUCAGCCCAAUGCCAGCGCUUUAUGUUGAACAACCGCGCUGAACAUUUAUUUUCCCGCUUAUUUACGACAUUGCGGGCUUCACUACCCUAGCAAUGUCUCGCUGCCAGUGAAGCAAGCAGUUCGAGCAGUUGUAGCAAGUAAGACGAGGCCAGAGCCGAAACUGAGAUAACUGAGCGCUAACGGUAAGGUGACAUCAGAAGCUUAGUUAUUGCUGAAUUGGGGCACUCGUUCCAAAGCCGAAAGUCCGUGCGUCAAGCCUACGAUUGAGAGAGAAGCAAUUUAUUCAGCCUUUGAAGAUUUGGAGACGUAAAUAAACCAACACCUCGUUGGAGCAUUCCGCAAAUUCUUUCACAUUGAGGAAUGCAGCGCUAGAGGGCAUCUGCUUCGCAGGAUUUAAGCAGUUCCUGCGCAUCUCAGAGUUUUCUGUCCAGGCGCAUCCAGUUAAACAGGGAUCGACGACAGAGAACUUAUCAAUGUAUACGACGUCUUGUUGACGUCUUGUUGCGACUAGUUUCUAUCUGUCGACACGACAGAUGAAAACGUAUGUAAAUAUAUCACGUUAGGCCUGCGACAAAAAAAAUCUGCUCUCGGAAUAAAAUAAUGCGCAUCGCCGAAGUGACACGAGAUCGUAUCACACUAACGAAGUACUUAUGGCUACUAAUUAAAUAUCCGUCGAUUCGACGGGAAUCUCUAACGUGACAACGGUGCGUCUCAAAGAACGACAAAACACUGAAUUCUGUCGCGUACUGCCCGAAAUGAGCACCGGAAGAUGCGGGAAGGAUAAAAGUCGAGACUCGAGAGGAAAGGAGGAGGAGGAGGAAAGAAAGGGAGAAGGCAGGGAUGUUAACUAGAAAUUCCAAGAGCGCCGGAAUUCACUAGGAACCAACUAGCCUGUAAAAAAGUACUUAAGAAAACACGGCUCUCUGGCUACGACAAAUAGAAAGAAAGAAAGAAAGAAAGAAAGAAAGAAAUCUCGUUAUGGUUUCUCGCGAUGAAUUUAUUUUUUCCAGGAAGAGGAAAUACGCCUCUGUUCUUAUUAUACAGCUACUACGCGAAAUCGCAUAACAUUUGUACUUAAAGGAAAAUAUAAAUCGCCUCAUUUGACUUAAUGAAUAUAUUGUUCAAUUAUGCAGUCGAUUUCUUGGAAGAAAAAAAAGCUUGGCAUAAAAUACGUCUUUGCAUAACAAAUUUCUAGUUUUCCUCAUAUCAGAGUGCUCAUUAAAGCUCGACUAUAUGUCUUUUGCAUAACAUGACUGCCCUACUUUUCCGCUAACGCAGGGAAAACGGUAAUUUCAACAUGAAUGUGAGGGAAGUCACACGAUAAGCGUUUUUGCGGUGGCUUAAAAGUCCUUUUCGUUUUAUGUAUAGCGCGAUAUACUUUAUGGUGCUCUCAGUGAUUUGAAAUACCGACGGCGACGCGUGAAGUUAGAAGUCUGUGUUCGGAACUGUCGGUAGCCGUUGAUUACUGUGGCGCCGAUCAUUCGAGUAAGCAUGGUGUGUGUGUGAGGAAACUAUUCCGAAGGAAUAGACGAAAUUUAAGUUGGUGGAUGUCCUAAUUUCUUUUUUUUUUUCGUUUCGUCGAUAAAUCUCUCUCGAACAAGUUUCCCAAUUUCCGCCAUGUUGAGACUAAACUUGGUUUUCUGAAGUUUGCAAAAUAGAUUAAACAUAGAUAGCCUAAAUGCAAGCAAGUAAUAAUUGCUGUUGGUUAUCUAAUACUCCAUAGGGUGCCUGGAUAGUACCGCUUCUCUGCGGCACUGCUUUCGAAGCAUCCUAAAUACUUCUUGCUUGACAGCGCCAUCUAUCUACUGCGCACCGACUCGUAGAGCGCUUUAAGAGGCCUCCAAGACGUCGUUUUGGUGCGAAUCUCGAAGGCUAUGCGCGAUGUCUUUGAUAUCGAUCAACCAGGGGGCGACACCGCAACGGGCGACAGUACCGAAGCCGCAUGAAGUGGCGUUGGCGCCUACAUCUGAAAACCCUUCGGGGACGAAGUACGUAGCCACGGCAACCGUGCUCAUGUGCAAGUAUCAUAUGAUAUUUAAGGUUGCGAAUCAUAGGUUGUGGGAAAUCAUAUAAUGUGAGCAAAGUUUACUACAAAUAAAGUUAAAUGUGAGGUCAUCAGAUUAUUUAGCGCGCAGUCACUGCCGAAGAGAUGUAGCGAAAUCAUUUGAAGCACCAGUGCCAAUGUCUUCUUAGGUGGCAUGAUGGUUUAUCUUAUUAGGUGCAUUUCUUUUUCUUUUCCUCGGGUAGUAACUAUUUGUACUAUUUGCAUCGCCUGCUAACCUGAUAACGCACGAUUUAUUCGGGGAAAGCAGCACGAACUAAGGAUGCGGACUAUACGAUGUAGAAGUCCAUGAAGCCAGAGAAAGGAAGUUAAUGGCUACGUUUAUUGAAAAUGUAGGAGUAAAUUACGAAAAUGAAUCCGGGCGAAACUACACGUUGCCGAAGGUGGGGAUCGAACGCAUGUCCACCGCGUUGCUCGAGCGGUGCUUCACCAAUUAAGCUACGAAGGCGCUAUCCUCUCGUGUACAUCUUUUUUUAAAUAUCUGUGUACGUGUGCAAACUUAGCCCUGAGAGUGUUAGCCAGCGCAGCCCACGGCCGAGGCGAGGCUUACUUUGUAGAGUACGUGGCCGACGAGAGCGCAGCAGCCUAGCGAUCUUGGAGGCCACGCUGAACUUUCCAUGCUGUGACACGUGAUACCCUCAUGCGAUCUCGGAGGCCACGCUGAAUAUUGCACGCCGUCACACGCGAUGCCCUCAGGUAGUCGUUCGGUUCACACAGUGUCUUCGGAGAACACAAGAAGCUAUUUUAUGGCAGUAUUAUUUAAUGAUAGCUGUGUUCUGCCGGGGAGGAAAAAAGUGACUUUAUGCCAGCGGUGAGUGAUUUCGCCCAAGGAAGAUUGCCUUUAUAUGGCCACAAAACUCAAUCAAUUAAGUAUGUGUGCCCGUCAUGCACAACUCCUCUGUGGAAUUCUAAGUGCUGUUGCGUAGAAUCAUUGAUUGAACCAUGUGUAACAGCACCGAUUACGGUACUUACUGCGCUAUUCUCAAUCAAAGACUCAGCAUUACCGAGUGGUGCGAGCUGGAUUCUCGGGAGAAGGACAUUCAGGGCUCUUUGAGAGAAAGGCAAUCGCGUAAAAAUGAAACGACGCUUGUUUUUCCAAUCUUGCUUUUGCGAAAUCGAGCAAUCCAAAACCUUCAUGUCUUUCAUGUCAAGAUUUAAACUACGUGGUUGCGGCGUCAUUAUCAUGUGUCGUUUGUUUUUGCUUUGUCAGAUGUUUAAUCGUUAGAUAGUACGGUGCUGCUGAAACACCGACUAGUCGUUUGUAUGUGCGGGAAGCGCGCUACUGUGAUCAUAGGUUAAAUGGCGGCCAUAUUUUAUUUAUUAUUUAUUGUUGUUAUUGUACACUUAGAUGUCACUAUACUAGCUUGAUUUUUUUUCCCUUCUACUUCUUGAAUUAUGCUGAGAACAAUAUUUUUGGCCAUUGUGAUUGUGAUUUAGAGGCACUAAAAGGGUGCCUUCAAUAAAUAAAAAUAUGUUUGUUGCUAA